AUGGACGGCGUCCAAGACUUCAACUCGUCCGACAUCGAGUUCAGUGACCAUGAUGUCGCGGAACACCUCAAGUACGGCCAGGCAUCUAUCGACAGAAUGAUCGCCAAUGCCGCCAAGGACCGCAUCUCCCCCAAGAAGACCGUCAAGCAGCUCCAGUACCAAGCAGUCGCCCCUGGGACCAACCAGCACUACGGCCUCUGGUCCCGCCGGUUUGAGACCUUCAGGGAACAUACCCUCCACCAAUCUGUCGAUGUGCCCUUUACCGGGGAAGACAUGAUUCGGUUCUUCGACUCGAUCAUAGAAGCCUACAAGAAGCUUCUCAGCUAUGGCACGUCCCGGUGGUCCGAGAAGGACGGCUUUGAGAUCACCGGCCAUGAUAGUGCUCGGUUCAAGGCCUUCACGGCCCAGGCCGUCAAGGACAAGCGGCUAACGAAGGGGAUGUGGAAGGGACGGUCCUGGGUUGGGUUUGUCACCCUCUCCCGCAUGGUCCGGGUCUUCCUCGAGCACUACGUUCAACACGGUGCCCGCAGCUUCGACCUAGUCAUCUCCAGAUCUCUCAGCAUAGUACUGGUCGCGGCACUAGGCUGCAGGGCCGGAGAUAUCGCCCUAACCCAGGGGUACACCGGCCUGGAGUACAGGAACAUCGAGCUCUAUCUCGAGGAAGAAGCCCCUUCCCCGGCUGGUCAGCAGCAGCCACAAAGACCCCGGCCGUCGAUCAGGGACCUGCGCGCCGUAGUUACCAUCGAGUUCGCAAAAGGCCACAAGGACACACUCAACGAUUCGACCGUUAAAUACCUUCGGCCCUUGGACGACCUCCAAUCCAUCCAUGUCUGCCCCAUCGCCCUCCUACUGGUCCACGCCCUCCGUAAUGGCCUGAUCCACGGCACUACUGUGGAGGAUGUUCUGAGCCGUGCUGCAGCCAGGCCUGAUCUCCAUGUUGAGUGGGCUUACCCUGACCGUCCCGUCGUAACUGCCAUAGCCCACGGGCCCAGGCGCUGUGAACUCGACACCCCUGGUGGGGGUCAGCAGCUUUUACGUACCACCAAGGAGAUGGGGGUCCUUUCCGGGAUGCUUUCUAGGGUCUGUACCCACUCACUACGCUUGGGUGCCCUGCGGGACUACGCCCACCUGCCCAAGACUGUCUCGACCACACUUGCAAGCACGGACGAGGUCAGAAAGGUUGCUGGCCAUACCCAUGUGGCCAUGAACAGGGGAGUCACAGCAAACUACAUCGGUAAUCUUGCCCAGGAAUACUACAAUUCUCGGGCGGAGAAGGGCGGGAUUCAGCACCGCGAGGCGAUGAAGCGCCCGCUGUCAGAGGAGGAGAUCCAGCAGGACCUCGAUGAGCGCCGCCGUGCCUCUGGUGGAGGGGUGGAGCAGCAGCAGCAGCAGCAGCAGCACGAGGAGGAAGGGGGCGAGGACCCCGACGUCUCCUCCUCCUACUCCUUGACACAUACCGAGAUGAGUGGCAUCCAGUACCGCGUCCGGCAGAAGCGCCAGAAAGAGCUGGCCACCUCCGCAAUGCCGCAGCCACCCACGCCUCGGACGGCGUCCAACGCACAUCUUUACGCUGCACCAGCUCCUCCACCUCCACCUCCACCGCCCACAGCCCAGUUCCAGGCGGGGCAGCAUGGCCUACCUGGCGCCGUGGCUGGGCAGGAAGCCCCUAGCACGACAUCAUCAUCGUCGUCAUCCUCGUUGUCGCCCUCGUCAGCAGCAGCAGCAGCAGCGAGCACCACAUGGCCUAACCCAUCCGGCAGUGGUCUUAUUCCCAACAGCGAGGAACUCGUAUCCCUAUCACAGGUCGAUCCGGCUCUCCUGGAUGAAGAGACCCUCGAGGCCCUUGAUGUAGCCCAGGCAGACGUGGAGGCCUUGCACGAUGCCAUCACCACCCACAGCGUCCCAGAGGCUGACACCCCCGGUGCCAACAAGGAGGAGGAAGAGGGAGGCUUGCCAGGCAGCACCUCGGAUGAUGCCGCUGAGGCCAACAUGGAGGAGGCUGCACGCCUGCUGCUCGGUCAGGGCGAGGUUCAGGACGGUGCAGGCGGCCCGGCAGAUACGACCACUACCACGACCUCUUCCGUCCGGACGGCGUCCAAUCCCGAGGGGUGGAUAAACGGCUUCGCCAGGCACAAUGUUGUGAAGAAUACCUGCUUCGUAAGUGUGUGGAAGGAGUACUCGGAUGGGGAAUUAUCCUUUGGGGAGUCGGUUGGCCACCACUCAGUAAGGGGCAAUUCCCGCGACGAGCCUACCCCUUAUACGUUCCACUGCCAGCGUACCGAGGGCUGUGGCUAUACCGCCAUUAAGCUGAGCUUGUUGCAGGCCCACGAGAUUUCCUGUAGCAUAGCACGUGUCGAGGCCAGGAGAGAGGAAGCUCAGGCAGGGGACAUCCUGAGAUGCACCCAUCCCGGCUGUCGCUAUAAGACUUCUCACGGGAAGGAGGCCCUCCGGAAGCAUGUAAGAAGGAUACACAAAUGGACCCCAAAGCCAUGCCCAGAGCCUGGGUGCGACCCAGAGAAGUUGUACGAGACAGGGAACGCCUUUGAGGCCCACCAGAGCAAGGCGCACAGCGGCCGUUGGCCCUCGAAGUGUCCCUUUCCCGGCUGCCCAUCGACCGUUGAAUUCAACGCGGCCAUCGGCCUGGCCCGCAAGGACGCGGUGGGUCAAGCAGACGUGUCUUGUGCCUAUGUGCAACAACAGCACGACGUUAUAUGGGUCUCGAGAAGUGCCAUGUUGAGCCACACGAAAUCCACACACAAGAUGAAGGAGGAGGAUGCCCUGGAACUCCUCGACCGCGAGGCAAGUUCCGAGGUGGUAACUCCCGAGGAGAAGAAGGUCCUGGGGCUGGGGGGCGGAAACGCCAAGAAACGUGACACCCAGCGGGCUUUUGCAGCACCCGCGGGCGGCAAGGAGAGCGAGGAUCCUCAGCUACCACCACCAUCUGCUCUGGACGGCGUCCAACGAUCCGGAGGGGACGACGGCGGCACACGUGAUGCCCCGGCGAAGCUGAAAAGGCUCAGAGUCAAGAAGUAG